AAAGUCGCGGUAUCCCAGUGAUCACGCGGUACGCACAACGUCACGGCGCAUUGACGGGGAAGGAGCGGCUUUAAACAUGGCGGCUACAAUGGGGCCAGCUACGUUGCGCAGCUCGCGUGCUCCCUCGAAAUCGGUGCCUCUGUCGCGGCUGUAGUGAUUCUCUGGAAUAGCUAACCAUUUUAGCGAAGAAACGGACCCUCUAUUGAGUGAUUAUAGCUGACGGCGUCCGCUGCAAGAAAUUUCGCGUCUCCUUCGAGGAAGUUCGACCUGACCAUGAUGGCAUCCGUGGGCCGCGGAGCCAUCUUGGCGACAGCGGGCUCGAAGGUCUUCUAAGCAGGAAGUCUUCACCUACGUUGGGGUCGGAGACCUCUGGAUUUGCGUCCUGUGCUGCUCCGGACUGUUGUUUGGACUCCGGGAGUGACUAUUUUGCCCGGAACUGUGCUUCAGCUUGUGGAUUAGUGCCGGCGACGUUGCCCUACAGCCCCAUCGGCGUGUUAGGCCUAACCCUCCACGUCGGCUACGGAGCGUCUGCAGCCCUUCGGAGGCACCAUGGAUGCAUCAGAUGCUGCAAGCAACAGUUCCAAUGUGUCCGAAAGCGACUCAGACUCUGGCUCGUGCUCUGGAUCCAGCUCUGCAAUGCAGAGCCGGAAAUCUGUGUCUGCUUCACCAAAGCUAGACUCCAGCAACCAGACGGAAAGGACAGGAGAUGAUGAUGAUGACAGAAAUGGAAGUGAGUCUGGCAGCAACCAGGCAUCCAGCUCGGAUUGUGACAGUGGGAACUCGGAUGCCGAGAGCGAUGCUCCCAGUGCCCCUUCACAGCAACGACGAGUCUCUGAGAGCUCCGCUCAUGAUGAAAGCUCUCGAGAUGAGCGGCGGAAACGGGCCAACAAUUCACGACCCGCGAAGCAAGUCUGGGAUGAGAACCCGGACAUGUAUGGUGUGCGUCGAUCUGGUCGGUGCCGCAAGGAGCCAGAGCGAUACACUGUUGAUGAAUCGGAGGGUAGUGACACAAAAAAGGCAUCUCGGGGCAGCACUGCACGAUCCCGGAAAGCUCCGGCUGACUGGAGGUCCAGUGGAAACAGUGACAGUGAUGACAGUGAUGCAGAGGCAAAGCCUCGCAAAACUGUUAAGCGUGCUCCUCCUCCGAAGCGGCAGCCUGCAGCAUCACAGCGGCGGCAGGCAAACCGUGUCACCUACCAUAGCUCUGAUGAGAGCUCUAAUGAGCUGUCAUCGGAUGAUGACAGUGAUGAUGAUGGCAAGCGCCAAGGGACAAGGCGAGCUGCUAAGGCAGUGAGCUACAAGGAACAGAGUGCAGAGGAGACUGGCUCGGAUGACCUCGUGGAGGUGGAGUAUGACGAACAAGCUGCUGCUGCUGAGGUCUCCAAUUCUGAGACGGUUGAGAGGGUGAUUGACCAUCGUGUAGGAAAAAAGGGAGCCACGGGAGCCACAACCACGGUGUACGCGGUGGAGGAGUUCGGAGACCCGAAUGCUGGUGCGGCCGAGCUGCCAGACGACGAAAAAGAAACGCAGUACCUGAUCAAAUGGAAAGGCUGGUCGCACCUCCACAACACAUGGGAGAGCAUGCAGACUCUGCAAGAGCAGAAGGUCAAGGGCCUCAAGAAGUUGGAAAACUAUAUCAAGCGUGAGGACGACCUUCGUCUCUGGCGCGACAGUGCCUGCCCAGAGGACGUUGAGUACUACGAGUGCCAGCAGGAGCUCUCCGAGGAGCUGCAGUUCAAGCACAUGGAAGUGGAGAGGAUUAUUUGUGAGUGCCGACCACCCCCCCACGAAGCACAUGCCCCGGCCAAAAGUGGAGAGGCUGAGCAGAUGGACUACCUGUGCAAGUGGGAUGGCCUGCCCUACUCGGACUGCACCUGGGAGGACGGUAACCUGAUCAAGCGAAAGUUCCAGCAUGUCAUUGACCAGUAUCACGCCCGGCAGAAAUCCCAAAAGAUACCCAGUAAAGUUUGCAAGGUGCUGAAGGUGCGCCCAAAGUUUGCCCCGCUGAAGACCCAGCCAUCAUACAUUGGUGGACCCCAGAAGCUUGAGCUCAGAGACUACCAGUUAGAAGGCCUGAACUGGUUGGCCAACUCGUGGUGCAAGGAGAAUGGAGUGAUCCUGGCAGAUGAGAUGGGCUUGGGCAAAACAAUUCAAACCAUCAGCUUCCUGACGUAUCUGUUCAACCAUCACGCGCUUUACGGACCUUUCCUGCUGGUUGUGCCACUCUCCACAUUGGCGUCCUGGCAGAAGGAGUUUGCUCAAUGGUCACCGGACAUGAAUGUUGUCGUCUAUCUUGGAGAUGUCUCUUCUCGCACCAUGAUUCGUGAGCAUGAAUGGUGCCAUCCAGGCAACAAGAGGCUGAAAUUCAAUGCUAUUCUGACCACGUAUGAGAUUCUCCUGAAGGACAAAGGCUUCUUGGGCAGUGUCAGCUGGGCUGUUCUGGGAGUUGAUGAGGCACACAGGCUCAAGAAUGAUGACUCUCUUCUGUACAAGUCACUCUUUGACUUCGACACAAAUCACCGCCUCCUCAUUACUGGCACACCACUACAGAACUCAUUGAAGGAACUCUGGGCACUCCUUCACUUCAUCAUGCCACAGAAGUUUGAUUCUUGGGAGGACUUCGAGGCAGAGCACAAGGAGAGUGCUGACAAGGGCUACACAAAGCUACACAAGCAGCUUGAGCCAUUCCUUCUGCGGCGCGUUAAGAAAGAUGUAGAGAAGUCGCUGCCAGCAAAAGUUGAGCGUAUCCUUCGUGUGGAAAUGACUACUGUGCAGAAGCAGUAUUACAAGUGGAUCUUGACGAAAAACUACAAGGCACUUACAAAGGGCCUGAAGGGGUCCCAGUCUGGUUUCAUCAACAUCAUGAUGGAGCUAAAGAAAUGCUGCAACCACGCCAUGCUCAUUCGACCGCCUGACAAUCCUAACAACUUGGAUGCACUGCAGCAAAUAAUCAGGGGCAGUGGAAAGCUACUGUUGCUGGACAAGCUGCUGUGCCGGCUACGGGAGACGGGCCACCGCGUGCUGGUGUUCUCCCAGAUGGUGCGCAUGCUGGACAUCAUAGCAGACUACUUGCAGAUGCGCAGGUUCCCCUUUCAGCGCCUUGAUGGUUCCAUCAAGGGCGAGCUUCGGCGACAAGCCCUUGACCACUUCAAUGCUGAUGCAUCGCAGGACUUCUGUUUCCUGCUCUCCACAAGGGCAGGUGGACUGGGUAUCAACCUUGCGACAGCAGACACGGUGGUGAUCUUCGACAGUGAUUGGAACCCACAGAAUGACCUCCAGGCUCAGGCCAGAGCUCACAGAAUUGGCCAGAAAAAUCAGGUGAACAUCUACCGUCUUGUGACCAAGAACAGUGUAGAGGAAGACAUUAUUGAGCGUGCAAAGCGGAAAAUGGUUUUGGACCAUCUGGUCAUUCAGCGGAUGGACACCACUGGUCGUACGGUGCUUUCCAAGAGCAAUGCACCGUCUAGUAACACAACUCCUUUCAACAAAGAAGAAUUGGCAGCCAUAUUGAAGUUUGGUGCUGAAGAGCUCUUCAAAGAGACUGAGGAAGGAGAUGAAGAGCCUCAGGUUGACAUUGACGAGAUCCUUCAACGAGCCGAGACAAGAGAAGAGCAGCCGUCUACUGUUGGAGAUGAACUCCUAGGUUCGUUUAAAGUUGCUAGUUUCAAUUUCACUGAGGAGGAAGAAGUGGGAGUUGUGUCCGCAAAGGGCCUUGCUGAGGACGAGUCGUCUCAAAGCAAAGACUGGGAUGACAUCAUCCCCGAGGCUGACCGCAAGCGUGUUGAGGAGGAGGAGCGGCAGAGGGAGGAACUUGAGCUUUACCUGCCUCCACGAAGUCGAAAAUCCAUCCAUCAGGCUGCAAACUCUGAGAGUGAUGACGGCCGAUCUCGGAGGAGAGACAGGGGCUCUGGUGCUGGCUCAAAUGGAUCAGACGACGAGUCUCGCCCAAAGAAGCGUGGCCGCCCACGACUUAUUCCACGCGACACGGUCAAAGGCUUCACGGAUGCUGAGAUUCGCCGUUUCAUCAAGAGCUACCGCAAAUUUCCUACCCCAGCCAAAAGACUCGAUGCAGUUGCGCUGGAUGCUGAGCUGCAAGAGAAGCCACUGGCUGACCUUAAGCGGUUGGCGACCAUGUUGCACACUGGCUGUGAGCAGGCCAUGAAAGAGAACCAGGCAUCUGCUGCAAACACUGACACUCCAGAUGCCAACAAUGGAGGUGCACCAGGGCGGCGGAGACAUCAGCGCACAACUUUCAAGCUGUCUGGUGUGUCGGUGAAUGCCAAGUCGGUGCUGGCCAGCUAUCAAGAGCUCAGUGUACUGGAUGCUGUGCUGCCUGUCAGUGCGGAAGAGCGAAGGCACUGGACAUUAGACUUGCCGACCAAGGAUGCCCAUUUCGACACUCCUUGGUCUGGGGCUGAAGAUUCUGCUCUGCUCAGAGGGAUCUAUGAGCAUGGCAUGGGCAGCUGGGAGUCCAUUAAGAUGGAUCCUAACUUGGGUCUCACUACGAAGAUUCUGCCCGAUGGUGAGGAGCUGAAGCCUCAGUGUAAACACCUGCAAAGCCGUGCCGACUAUCUUCUCAAGCUGUUGCGCAGGGUGCACGCUCGGCAGAUGGCACUGAAGGAGGGAAAGGAAAAGCCAAAGCGAAACCGAAAAGCCCGUCCUGAAAAGACGCAUCUCAGCAAAGCUAUUGUGGACAAUGACGACAGCAAUGACAGUGACACUGCUAUGUCUUCCAAAUCACGUAAAUUCAAAAUAAAGGCAGAAGAUGAGACUCACCAAAACAAUGCAUCAGCAAUCAUUGAUGGUGUGGCUAAGGGUCUCAACAUUAGCCCCAGUGCGUCCGCACCUGAUGCCAAGCUCAGUGCUGACAGUGGAGGUCCGAAAGCAAAGCGGAAAAAGAAGGAAAAAGAUAAGGACAAGGUCAAGGAUGGGAAAGACAAAGACAAGGACAAAAAAAAGAAAAAGAAGCAUGAAGGUGGUGUGGAGGGUGCAAAGCCCCCCAAGGUUAAGAAGGAGAUGCCUGCAAUGCAUUACACUGCCAACGCUGCACCACAAGUCAUUGAGGCCACUGGUGACCUGGACUUGCAGCUGUUCAAUGAGUGCAAGGAGAAGAUGCGGCCAGUGAAGCGGGCACUCAAACAGCUGGACACACCAGACUCCUCAAUGAAUGAUGAUGAACAAGUAAACCACACACGACUCUGCCUGUUGAAGAUUGGUGAACACAUAAACGAUUGCUGCAAUGAGUACUCAGACCCAGAGAAGGCCAAGCAGUGGCGUUCCCACCUGUGGUCGUUUGUGGCCAAGUUCACAGAAUUGGAUGCCAAGGCACUAUUUCGACUGUACCGGCAUGCACAAAAGAAGAGUGAAGGUGCCGAUAAAUCUGGUGACCGCACCAAAGACUCUGACAAGAAGGAGCAUGACAAGAGGCCAAGACUGCAUGAUGAGGGAAGCCAGCCGGGCAGUACACACAGCAGCCUGCAUGGAAGUGGGCAUGGUGGUCACCACAGCGGCCAACACAGUGGACAGCAUGGGAGCAGCAGCCAGCACAGUUCCAGUCAGAACAGCAGCAGCCAGUAUGGCAGCAGUAGUCAUCACGGUGGGCAGCAUGGCACUAAGAGGCACUCCGAGGACGACCACAAGAGGCCAAACAAGCGACCGCAUGAGGACAAACCACGGGACAAACGAAAUGACAGUGGUGGCAGCAACAGCCAUAACAAAAGUGGCAGCAGUGGUUCGUACCGUGAUCGAGGUAGCGGUGGCUACCAGAAGGGCUCCAACAGCUACAACCACCCUCCCCACCGACCAUCAUCAUUCCAGCAGGGUCAAGAACGGUGGAACCACGACAACCCUGCAUCCAGCUGGGACUAUAAGGACAGGUAUAACAAUGAUUACAACAAGCAUGACUCCUACCGGCAUUACCAGGGGAAUCGUGUAGAUGACCAGGCCUACAAGCGAGACAAGGAUCCCAGGACACAACACCCAGACCGAAGGUACCAUGGUGGAAGUGGGGUCGGCAACUUCGUGCCGUACGGCAUACCUCCAGUGGCAGCAUCAUCGGUACCUUAUGCAAGUGGUUACGGAGCAGUACCAGUGCCAGCUGGUGCUCUUCAGCCACCACUACCAGGCGCAAUGCCUGAGCACCACACAAGCCCCUUGGGCCCCUACAGCCCUUACCAAGGGCACGCAGACUCAUGGAGGCGGAAAGAACGCACCAACAGUGGAGGAAGUGGUGGCUUCUCACGGCCUUCUGGUGGUGGUGGCCACUUUGAUCGACCACCUGAUGCCCCUCCUAAGCACGUAUAGGUGGCAUUCUACCCAAGACCUGGGCUUCUGCAAUGUUUCAAUGUGAUGUGCGGCCAAAAGUCACUGUAUCAUUUGGCAGCAAAGUGAGCUAGAUGAAGAAGAUGCCAGUCUGCUGGCAUCUUCAAGACAGCUUUCAUCUGAAGCCAGACUCUGACCUUGGUUUUGGAAUUUUAGAUCACUCCACAGCUUUGCUGGCUCAAUGAAAUAUUUAUUGUGGUGGAGAAACAAGCCAGUGCAACAUAUGCAGCUUGUGAGAGGCCUGCGUUUUCUUGCGGUGGUGCUUGGACAUCUUGCUUUGAAAGCACGAGGUGCCAUGGUGUGAACAACUUCAGAUUGUGCAGCCAGUCGGUCACCAAUGUUGUGCUUCAUGGAGGUCAAACGUUUUUUUGUAUAAUGUGUUUGAUGUUUUCUCUCUACUGUGUUGACCUGCGCAUUUUCUCAAGUGAUUGUCAGCCUCUCUACACAAGUUGGCGGCCACUUAUUGCCUUUUCUAAUGCAUUCCAGCUUCUUGAAAUGAAUCUUGGCGAUCUGUGAUUCACCGUGCGGUGCUGGAGAGACAAUGCUGCUUGCUAGCAGCAGUGUUUGCUGUUUAAAUUACAGUUGGCAAAGUACUUCGUGAAGCCGUGCCACUUGUAGUUACUACUGAGAGGUCUGAGUCUCUUGGCAUGCAUCUCUCCAUGCAAGUUGAGGCCAUGGGACUGGACAAAAGUGUACAGGAUUGAAUGAGUGUGUAGAUUUGUGUCACUAUCCUUACGCAUUGGGACAUGCCUUUGUUGACCCUUUGUUGGUAAGCCCGCAUCCGCUGUGAUUUGCCGUCAAACAGGCCAUAUUUUGUUCAAAGUUGGCUAUACUGAGCAGUUCCUGUCGCCUUGAGCCAAGAGUUGUUGGGCAUAUGCCAUGUAGAUAGUUUAUUUUCCUUGUUCAGAGCUGUACACAGCAAACGUGUUUAUCAGAAGUAGCCUGCACAAGUCAUCAAUGGCCGAAGGUGGUUCUGCUAUUCGCACAAGGAACAGGACACUUGGAUCGCACAUGUGCCACAUUGGACAUGGCAUAUCUGUGCUUCAGUUGAGUUACAAGCAACACAAAGCACAAUGAUUUUUGUGAAAAACUGAGAAAAGCUUUUGCAUCUGCAGAUUUGUGAAGUGUGUAGCAUGUUUGGGAUCGUGCAGUAGGCGUAGCGUGUCAAUGGUCAAAACCUUGUGACGUGCGCCGUGUUUAUGAGACAAGUCUCAACCCGAGCACCAGUGAACUUGUGAUCAAGUUGCAGAAAGACGUACUUUUUUUUUUCUGCAUGAACAUCUUUGUAGUGCGACCUCAUUUGCAUGAUUGAGUGAUGUGGAACUAUGUACAUUGUGCUGAUGUGAUAGCUUGAUGUCCCCAUGAAGUUAGGCAUUUGUGUGCCAAGUGGAAUCAAAAACUUCUUUUGUGGUGAAUGGUGUACAUAAUGUGUGAUCACUUACAUAGCAAGGAAUGAAGUGUAUUAUUGGGGACCAAACACUAGUCCCAAAAUUCUGUACAGACAGAGAGACAGACAGAGUGUUUAUUUAGCAAUUUUUGUAAUAUGUUUGCCAUGAAGAAAAAAAAAAAGACUUUAUGAAAGUA